AUGUCCGAUUCCAUUCCAUCUGCCACCGCCGACCCUGAUGCAACGGACCAAACCCUCCCCGCUAACGCGGAGGACCGCAAAGCUGCUGCGGCGCUGAACUCGCUCAACACCAAUGAGUUGGGCACCGAUGGCGGCCCCGCUAAGCCGCCAGCGGGGACAGAUCAAAAGGCUCUGGGGGAGGCGAUGAGUCGACUAGAGAUUGCCGCGGGACAGGGUCCCGCAAAGAAGGGCACGAAUGAAGCACAGAAGAAGGAGACCGUGCCGAAGAAGACGGUCAAGGUUGCGGCAGAUGAUGUGACGCUUCUGGUUGAUCAGCUUGAUCUAAAUAAGGUUAAGGCGACGGAGUUGCUGAAGGCGCAUGAUGGAGAUGCCGCGAAGGCGAUGCUGGCUUUUGUCUCGCCUUCGGUCCGGGUGUGA